UUAGGCUGAGGAGAAAGAAAGCCUAGCAGAGAAGAUGCACAUCUAAUGCUUGUGUCUUAGCAGUCCUUGCUUGGCCACACUUCUACAAAGAUCCCCAACAAUUCUGAUUCUUCAGAUCCCUUGCAGCUGAGGUGCCCAACAUCUGACUAGCUGACGUUGUGCUCCUUUCCUUCUCUCCAUUGUGUGUGUGUGUGUGUGUGCACGCCACAAUUUUUUACCCUUUCACUUGAUCAUACAAAUACUUUCAAAAUUUCCUUCCUUUCGGAUCUUGAGUCGGAGGAGGUGGAAGAAGAAGUUGACAUGGGAAGCGGUGCUAGCGCCGAAGACAAGGAGUUAGCCAAACGAUCCAAGGAGCUUGAGAAGAAGCUGCAGGAGGAUGCUGACAAGGAAGCCAAGACUGUGAAGUUACUGCUGCUGGGGGCUGGAGAGUCAGGAAAAAGCACCAUCGUCAAACAGAUGAAAAUUAUCCAUCAGGAUGGCUACUCAGAAGAAGAAUGUUUAGCAUUCAAGGCAAUCAUCUAUGGCAAUAUUCUGCAGUCCAUUCUGGCCAUCGUUCGAGCCAUGCAGACACUUGGAAUAGACUAUGGGAACUCAUCCAGAGCGGAUGAUGGACGUACAUUGAACAACCUGGCAGAUUCAAUUGAGGAAGGUACAAUGCCCCCAGAGCUAGUUGCUGUGAUUAAGAGGCUCUGGGUAGACACAGGCGUGCAGGCUUGUUUCGAGAGAGCUGCAGAAUACCAGCUGAAUGACUCUGCCUCCUAUUACCUCAACCAGUUAGACAGGAUCACAGCUGAAAAUUACCUUCCAAAUGAACAGGAUGUCUUGCGAUCUCGAGUCAAGACUACGGGUAUCAUUGAGGAGCAGUUCUGUUUCAAGGACCUGCAAUUCAGAAUGUUUGAUGUGGGAGGUCAGCGGUCAGAGCGGAAGAAAUGGAUUCACUGUUUUGAAGGGGUGACCUGCAUCAUUUUCUGUGCUGCUCUCAGUGCAUAUGAUAUGGUACUGGUAGAGGAUGAUGAAGUGAACCGUAUGCACGAGAGCCUGCAUCUCUUCAAUAGCAUCUGCAAUCACAAGUUCUUUGCAGCUACAUCUAUUGUCCUCUUCUUAAAUAAAAAAGAUCUUUUUGAAGAAAAAGUUAAAAAAGUCCACCUGAGUAUCUGCUUCCCAGAAUACGAUGGACCCAACACAUUUGAAGAUGCUGGGAAUUACAUCAAAAAUCAGUUCUUGGACCUUAACAUGAGAAAAGACAUCAAGGAAGUGUACUCACAUUUGACCUGUGCCACAGAUACACAGAACGUCAAGUUUGUGUUCGAUGCAGUAACAGACAUCAUCAUCAAAGAAAACCUAAAAGACUGUGGUCUCUUCUAGACACCCUGACCAAGGAUCCCUGCUCUCUUCCUUCUUCGUCACCACCUUCUGAUGACCAUCUGAUCCUAAAUGCCACCAGCGCCAUGACAGGAUUAAAGGAGAUUACCAUUGUAGCCACAGUGACUAUUACUGAAGGCUGAGAAAAUUGCUGGCAGGAUCCUUUUCUCUGCCACAACUUAUGAGCAAAAUACUCAACUUUGGGUGGCAAUUAACAACCAGCUUUUAACUUUAUUUAGUGCAUACCAUUCCAAGGUGCUUUACAAGUACACAGCAAUAGCACAGGAGAUUAUUUUUUUACUGUCAAUGUGCGGUGCAGGCAGGAUAAACGAUUUGCUUAGGGCCACAUACUUAACCAGAGGUGGUAAGUGAACCAGCAAUUUUGUUUUGUAAAGUGAGCUGCUUUGGACACUAGGCCAGAAUUAAAGCUAAAGAAGUAAUUUAUAUGUAGUAAAUAAAUUCCAAUAAUUUAAAUGAUGGGUUUGUAAAAGAAAUGACAGAGACAGCUUGUUAAAAAAAACAACAAAAAACAAAAAAAAACACAAAACUAAAAUCUACAGAUGAGCUGUACUAAUGCAUGAUGGGUAGCAAGGGAAAGCUUGUUAAGAUAUCUUGGAAAGACAACCCCCAAUUAUAAACCAAUCAAUCAAAUGGCAUCACUGCCAACUGCAUGUAAAUAAGGGCAGGGGAGGGAUGGUCAGCUGUGCCAGUCUUUGUGAAUCUCCUUAGCAGUUUAAAAGAGAUCCUUAUGUGAAGCUGAAGCUUUGAGUACAAAUGGAUACCCAUUGAUGCAACUUGCUUUUUCGUUGGACCUUCUGGAACAACCUUAUCAAUCGAGCAACUUCCGUCCAGCAAUCACAAACACAUGUUUUGGAAAAGCUUGUAGUUCACAAGAUCUGGAAAUGCAAAUGUUCUCCCUUAUUAUCAGAAGCAACAGUCACGAACAGGCUUCCCCUAUAUGUUAUACUUUAGGAAAAUAUACUUAUUAUUGUAAAUAAUAAGAUUUAGAAUUCUGUAUUUCCAGCCAAGAUAAAACUUUAGAGAAACAAAUUGCAUCUUUAUUUUGACCAAAAGCAUAAAUGUGUACCUUUCUUUUUCUGACUUACAUUUAAAAAUGUAGCAACACAAAAUAAAGAUCAUGCAUGAUAUACACCUGA